CAGAGGAGGCGAGGAGGAGACGGACUUGGGAAAAGCAGCUCGUCCUAAACUCGAUAGCUGCAUUAGCUACACGGAUUAGCGGCAGCUUUAGGGGUUAUUGCUAACAUAUGAUAGUGUUUCCACUUGUUCAUUCAAGUCAUUUCGACGGGAGAAGGUUGUUUGGCCCACUUUGGAGAGGGCUAACACGGCGGAGGGAGCCUAGGUUGUUUCCCUGUUGGAGCGGACGGAGCUGCCCCGCCACUAUCGGCAGAAACGGAGGUUUACACACGGAAUAUAACAACAAAAUACACGUUUUCAGCCUCCCGUUGCCGCGGUAGGAGAAUCUAAAUGAUUAUUUCAACAUCGUUUUAAAGCUAUGUGAUCGAGGGUGUCGAGGAGAAGUUUGAUCGGAGAGCGAAGUGCGCUUGAUUUCCAAUCCGAUGGAUGUUAGCCCUGCCCGGCUGUGGCUUGGCUCUCUGCUCCGCUGCUGUGAGAAUAACACAACAACAACAACAACAACACGUCUCUUCAUAACAAUGCUGCACACACAAGUAUAUGACAACCCCGGCUUGAAUGCCAACAAGACAGCCUCCGCUGCUUGUCUCUAAACCUGGAAAUACCUCCAACCAUCCCCUCCGCUUCUUCUUCACCCCUCCUCUUCCUCCCUUCUUCUUCUUUUGGACUGGUAAGGCUUGCAUUGCCUGGGAUUUGUGGAUUUAGCUUCGAUAUUGACAUUUUGAAGAUGUCCUUUUUGCACAGACAGAGCUCUGUGGAGCAUCAAGACAUUUAAUUUGACUCUUGAAUUUGAGAUUUUUGGGCUUUUUUUUUUGUUUUUGCUUUUUUUUAAUUCUCUUUCUAGUGAGAGGAUCAGAUUCGGAUGGAAAAUGGGAGACGCCACCAAACUGGCCUUCGCCGUUUUCCUCUUCUCCUGCUCUUCAGGUGCCAUCCUGGGACGCUCGGAGACGAAGCAGUGCGCCUACUACAACUCCAACUGGGAAAAGGAGCGAACCAACCGCAGCGGCAUCGAGCCUUGCAGGGGCGAGGAAGACAAGCGGCGCCACUGUUUCGCCACGUGGAAAAACGUCUCCGGUGCCGUGGAGGUGGUAAAGCAAGGCUGCUGGCUGGACGACGUCAACUGCUACGACAGUAGCGAGUGUUUGGAGAAGAAGGAGAGCCCUGACGUCUUCUUCUGCUGCUGUGAAGGCAACAUGUGCAACGAGAAGUUCCUGUACGCCCCUGAAGUGCCCCAACCGGGAGCACCGCAUCAUUCUACCGCCUACACCACCUCCAACCCAUUUUCACAGAAGCCCCAGCUGUUCAGCACUCUGCUGUACUCCCUGGUUCCCAUCAUAGGCCUGGCCGCCGUGGUCCUCUUCUCUUUCUGGAUGUGGAGGCAUCACAAACUGGCCUACCCCGCCGCCCUCGUCCCCACACAUGACCCCGGACCCUCACCCCCGUCCCCCAUCCUGGGACACAAGCCGCUGCAGCUGAUCGAGGUGAAAGCCAGGGGGCGCUAUGGGUGUGUGUGGAAGGCCCAGCUCCUCAACGAUUUUGUGGCCGUUAAAAUCUUCCCCAUUCAGGACAAGCUCUCGUGGCAGAACGAGUACGAGAUCUUCAGCCUGAGCGGCAUGAAGCACGACAACAUCCUCCAUUUCAUCGGAGCGGAGAAGAGGAACAAUAACCUGGACCUGGAGCUGUGGCUCAUCACCUCCUACCACGAUAAGGGCUCCAUGACGGACUUCCUGAAGGCCAACGUGGUGUCGUGGAACGAGCUGUGCCACAUCACUCAGACGACGGCCCGCGGCCUGGCCUACCUGCACGAAGACAUCCCGGGACACAAGGACGGACACAAGCCCUCCAUCGCCCACAGGGACAUUAAGAGUAAGAAUGUGCUGCUGAAGAGCAACCUGACGGCCUGCAUAGCUGACUUUGGCCUCGCCCUGCAGUUUGAAGCAGGGAAAUCAGCCGGAGACACACAUGGACAGGUGGGGACGCGGCGCUACAUGGCUCCUGAGGUCCUGGAGGGCGCCAUCAACUUCCAGCGCGACUCCUUCCUGCGCAUCGACAUGUACGCCUUUGGCCUCGUCCUCUGGGAGCUCGCCUCGCGAUGCACCGCCGCCGACGGCCCCGUGGAUGAGUACAUGCUCCCGUUCGAGGAGGAGGUGGGUCAGCAUCCGUCUCUGGACGACAUGCAGGACGUCGUCGUUCACAAGAAGCUGCGGCCCAUCCUGAGAGACUGCUGGCAGAAACACGCGGGUCUGGCCAUGCUCUGUGAGACCAUCGAGGACUGCUGGGACCACGAGGCGGAGGCUCGCCUGUCGGCCGGCUGCGUGGAGGAGCGCAUCGGCCAGAUGCAGCGCCAGGCGCCCGCCAUCGGCCCCGAGGAGAUCGUCACCGUCGUCACCAUGGUGACCAACGUGGACCUCCCGCCCAAGGAGUCCAGCUUAUGAUCGACGUGAAGAGACACGGAUCGACACGAGGGGAAGAGCAGCCAACCCUGGUUGGUUGGCGUAACGAUUUUUUGUUCUUUCCUUUUUUCCGUUUUUUUCCUUUAAGUGCGGGCCGCUACUCGCGCUCAGGAAACACCUUGCGCCCACCUCACCACAUGAGUUGAUAUCCACCUCAUUUUGAUAUGUGUGCCUGAGGAUUUGAAACAUUUUAACGGUUGAAACUCUCAUCUCCGAGCAAUCGAUUCAGGAUAUAUAACGAGGACAAACGGCGUCACCGAGUGCGGACAUGCUGGGACGAUGACACUCGACGAACACUUCUACCAUGUAUUGUUUUUAUAUACAUACACACACACAUAGGAGGGCGACCCGUUCUGCUCGGUUUUUCUACGGAGAGAGAAGAUCCGGCGGGGAAAGUUCACAGAACUCUCGGUGCAUUUUAGUGUAAAAAAGAAAAAACAAGAAAAAACCUGGCUCUGGAUACAUUUGCUGUUUUCUCGUGUGCGUUUUUCUGAAGAAACGACUAUCGUUCUGCCAAUAAGCAACGGCUUCUGAAUGUUUAUAGUGUAAUGCUGCUGUACAUAGUGUAUUAUGGACCCAGACAACUUGGUAAUCGAGCUUAUUUUAAAGGGGGAACGGGGGAGGGGGGGUCCAUUCUCAAGCAUUACAACGAUAACAAAACCAUAAACCUCCUUCAACCAGGUAUACCUCAGUUCAGAUGGACACAGUUUAAAUUGAACCCUCUCCCUAUUCACGGUUCUCCACAACCUUCAUGAGUCUGCUGUCAGCCUCACUUAUGGGUAAUGUAGUCAGCAAGACCUCAAUACACAUGGCCAUACACACCAAGUGUUUCUCCCCUUUUCCUCCCCUCUCUCACGUUGAGGUUUCCUCCAUCCUGACUGAAAAAAAACACCUUUUGUAUUUCUUAUGAUAAUGGGAAAAAGACAAAUGACACCCCCAUCCCAUGAUAAAGUUGUCGUUUAAAGUGAUUUUUUGUUUUGGUUUGCCGUGUCAACUGUCUACGGAGUAAUAAUAUCUGUCCUAGUUCUGGCAGUGAGAUCUGGAUAUAUACGUGUUUAUAUCUCUCUGGAUUAGCGCUGGGUACCAACUACUGAUACCUUUGAUAUUAAGUAACAGCUCAAAUCAGACGGUAGAACACGCUUGUCAUUCUCAUCUUUAUGUGCUGAUUCUAUCUUUAGAAAGUGCAGAUUAACAUAAAAUAGAUCAUCCGACUUGUCUAUUUUAGGAGAGGUAUCACAUUUUGAAGUGAAGGGGUACCCAGCCCUCAUUUGGAAUAAUCCAACCUGUAUUUAGCUGAGCCGGUUUGCUUUUGAUUUGAUUGCACACAUCUUUCAUUUGUUUUUGGAUUACUAUCAAGAGUUUUCUGCUCUCUUUUGAUACACCUCAGGAAUCUUUGGUACUCAGCUCCUCCUCACCUCACCUCCCCCCCCUCGCUGAUUCUUCCGCUUCCUCUCACUUGGCACUUGUAAUGCUUUCACGCCACAAAAAUGUGUCUUUAUUACCAGUCCAAAUUCAAUUGAAACACUAAUCCCACAUAUGAAACUGUAAGAUUUUACUAGUUCUUGCCCUUCCCUGUUUUUAUUUAAGUCUAAGAGAAAGUUUGUCAAAUGUUACCCAAACACUUAUUUGUUGUCCCUUUGUUGUCUGUCUCGACAAGCAAGCCAAAAAAGCUACUUUUUAUUUUCUCCGUUAAUGCUGUCUUUCUCACUAGUUCCCUAAACUAGCUGGCGUGUUUUAUGUCAAGUAAGACGUUAACAGAUUUCACAAAUUAACUAUGUGAUCAUGUGUAGACAUUAACUGCCAGUUAGGUGCAGUUUUAUUCUCCCCACACAGGGCUUAAUUUAACUCAUUUCAAUCGUGUUAAACCAAACGAUCGCACGGCUAACCGCAGUCAGACGAGGAAUCCCUUUCUCUCUUUUCAUCCUGGUGCCAUUUCUAAGUAUCCAUAUUAGUUACUCUUGUAGAUGUCAGGCAAAACGGAUGUAUCUGUCACAGUUGUGCAAGCCACAGUGACAUUUUUGAGUCUUUAUUUCUUCUGAGGGAAAUUGAACACUGGUGACCUGCAGUCUCUCCUCAAGCUUUGGGAACGGUUUCACAGGACACAGUUUAAAAUCAAGUGUUUGGAAACACACAAAAAACGCAAGGAAACUACCGCACUGUUUCACAUUCAGGGCCGAUUCAUAAUUAUGCUUUCUUUAUCUUCAAGCAAACGCCGUACUGUAGUGUUUGAGCAAAUAAGAGCUUAGCAAACAAGUUCAGAAAUUGAUGAUCAUCAGAUAAAAGACUAUUGCAACAACACAGCAAACCUGAAGGAAGUUAAAGCCAUCUUGUUAUUUGCCCACUGUAGCACGAUAACGAUAUUUGCAUCAAUGUUGCUUCCUUUUGUUGCCGCUUUAAUGAACUGCUAAAGAAAAAAGUAUUUGUCUGAGGUCCUCAUGAAGCUUAAAGUCAGGAAGGAUCAGCUCAGCAGACCCUCUGCUCUACCUCACCUUAUUUGGGGAAGGAAGUGUGGCAAAUAAACCAAAAUCAUAACCACGUUCCUCGGAUAGAAGUCAUUUAAAAAGCCUGUUUGGGGGAUUAUUUCUGAAUGUUAACUCCCCUUUCCUUCCAUAUGAGAUGAAUUACGGAAGCUAAAUAAGGCAAAGAAGUUGAAUGCAUUGUAAAACCUUUCCUUCUUAUUAAAACGGACAUGCAAGCUAGCACAAACACAGAGGAAAAAACACCAGUAUUACCCUUUUUUCCCCCAAGUUUGUGUCCAAAAGUAUAAAAAGUACUCACCAGUAUUACAGCAGCCACGUGGAUUUAAAAAAAAACAGCCUCCGAAUGUUGGUCUGUUACCUGCCAAAGUUCCCAAUACUGUAGGUAGACGGUGGAACAUCUCCAGUGUUAAGACAAAGCUUGAGUUUAAACUGCGCUUGAGAAACCGACCCAAACCAACAAACACCAUUCAGGGAUUCAGUACUAUGCUUUUCUAAGUUCUAGCAAGUUAUAUGCAACCAGUGCCGCAAAUUACCCUACAGUGCUGUAGGAUCCUCUGCAGGAGUGACUUUCAAUACACACACACACACAAUUAACUUGUAGCAUUUUAAUUUUUUUUUAAAUCCUUGCAUAUUGAUAUGUUGUAUUUAUUUUUUAAUUUACAGACCUGAGGUUUUGGGGAUCGGAGUUUAGGUGCGACAAGAGUUGGCACCAUUUCUGGUUGAUGUUUGGGGGGGUGGUUGUGGGUGGGUGUUCAGUUGUAAUUCAGGAAAUACUUUCAUUAAGUCAAAAAGAAAAGAUAUUAACUGUAAAACGUUCUUCUUUCGAUGGACAAACGACCGAGAAUGAAUGUUCUUCAGAAUCCUGGAUUCCAGUAUUGUGUGUACUGUGGUGGAUCGAGCCCGGCCCGGUGUAACUUUAGAGGGCUUCGGCUCGUGUGAUUGUGCCCUGUCGCCGUAGAAACUAGUAAAACCAACACAUUAGGAGAUCCAUUCAUACACUUAAUUGGUUUUACAAUUACCUGCUGAAGAUUUGAUUGAGUACCUGCUCUAAUCAGAAAGAAAAGGAACAGUUACGGCAAAUUGUGUGCUUUCUUUUGGUUGAAAAUUAAAUAUUUAACUACAUAAUCAUAAGGCGGAUGUGCAAACAAGUGUUCUCCACACACCAACUGGUAUUUAUUAAGACAGAAAGUGGGCAUCAUGCAUACAUGAGAUGGCUGCGUGUUAUAAAAUAAGUAUGAGAUUGCAUUCUAAUAAGUUGAAUGACAGGUAACGUUGCUUUUAGGUUGUUUGCUAAUUUCACUGAUUGUGUUAUUAGUCCACACAGCAUUCUGUAACAUUUUAUUUUAACGCACAUUUAUACAAUUAUUUAUGAAUGAUGAUUUUUAGAUGAUUAAGGCAAUCAGAGUCUUUUCUGUCGAUGUUGUCAUUUAAAGGUGUAUGAAUGGGUUUCCUUAGCAUGCAGGGUUUACGUUUUUCUAUCUCGACUUUCUCUAGCCCAGCACCUCACAUUGCUGUGCAUAUAAACUACCAGUGAAACAUUUGUGUCUUGUUGCCCCACUAUUUUAAGCAGUCUAGGAUCUGUACAGACAUGAGAACAUAAAUACCUGUAUCAACUAUAUACUCUGAGCUGAAUCUUUGUGUGUGUUGAACUUCAGUGUUUCCUCUACAUUCAUUUAUAUUUUUCUUGUGUUUUGACUCGCCAGCAGGGCAUGGCCCGGCUGCAUUAAAAGUUAUUCUUUAUGCGAAAAAAAUAACUUUAAGUUGAGCUUUGUGUAAGCUAAAAGCUAGAGGCUCAUUGGAGUACUUUGUAAGGCAUCCAAGAAAGCACUUAAGGGUUCCUUGGCAGAAAAAACAAACAGCUAAUGACGAUCAUUGAGCCCAGGGCGUUCCUCAAGGAGCCUACUCGGGUCCCCUGUCGGUUGCAUUUUGAAGAAUCCCCAAAGCUCUUAAAAAUCUGUUGCAAUACUCCAUGUGUGAUAAUGCAAUCACCCACUACGGGUAUUUCAUUCCAGCAUCUCAAUCUUUUCCCACUGUUGGUAAGAAUUAUAGAGGAAACAUUGAACUCCAAUGACCUCGCCGCUAUGACUGUCUUGGCAGUAAGAUGAGUCUGGUUGCCAGGCUGGACAUUUCUACAAAAAAAAAUCCCCCUCGAAAACAAAUGUUUUUGACCCCACGUUUCUCAAGGCCCUCGAGUUGCAGUGCUGGUCCAGGAUCUGCCAACACAGGCUCUAAUGAUAUUGAUGCUCAUCGGGUUUCUGGUUUUAGAAUACUCAUAAAUAUAAUUCUUUAGGGACCCAAAAAUGAAAGUGGGUUGUGACAAAAUAAUCUGAAAAUGUGUUGUUUCUUACUCCGGAUUCAUGUGACAUUACAUUGUAUGUUACUUACAAAAGGAUGUGAACAUAGAACAUGACACUAACACCUGGAAGGAGUUAGUACAACACAAAUAUACCACAUGGAGAAAGGACAUUCUUUUUCUCCAUAGGUUGUGGUCCUGACCUCAUAGCUCCCAGUGAAGGGUCAUGGGAGGAUCAGAGAAAAGACAAUUCCCUUCGCAAAGUAUUAAAGCAGAAUAAACCUUAAGAAACCCUGAAUGCAAUAUCACAGAGGAGAUGUAAUCGAUCCCUGAUCAGCGUUGCAACUCUCGGCUAAUGGUUUUUAUCAGCUGAAGUGAUCCACGUGAUGUAAAUAAAUGUGUUUUUAGAUUGUGA